AUGGGCCUGCCCUGGCCGCUGCCGAAACUGAACUUCACCAUCAGCGUCGAGGGCGUCGUCUGGUGCAAGAGCUGCCGGUACUGCGGCUACGUCAAGUCCAAGAACACGUCGCCUCUCCCGAAUGCGGCGGCGCUGCUGCGGUGCCAGCGCGGCAAGUGGGCACUGUCGGUGUGGAACACCACGGACGCGCAGGGCUACUUCCUGAUCCAGACGUGGAGGCAGGCGGCGCCCUUCACGAGCAAGGACUGCAAGGUGUACGUUCCGCGGUCGCCGGCGCGCCGGUGCGGCGUGAUCGUCAAGCCUGCAUGGAAGAAGGGGUCGCGGCUCAAGUUCCGCAAGUUCGUGACGCUCUCCGACGGGCUGCAGGCGCGCUACUCGGCCAGCACCUUCAUGUUCGCUCCACAGAACCCCACCAAGCGCUAG